AUGAAAAUACAAUUUGAUCAAAUUUUAAAUUUAUUUGAAAUAAGUAAGAGCCAGAUAGAUGAAAUAGCAAAUAACUAUUAUAAUCACAUAAUAACUAAUAUUGAUAAAAAUAAUCUUCAAAAGGAAGAAUUGUUUUUUGAUUAUGUUGAUAAAGUAAGAGUUAAUAAAGAAAAUACCAUACUAUUGAUUGAUAUGGGAGGAACAUACUUUAAGUAUAAAUUAUUUAAUCAAAUGUUUGAAGAAAGUCAUUUAAUUAAAAUAGAAUGCUCUGAUAACAUUGAAGUAUUUGAGUAUAUUGCAUAUCAAAUAAAUGAAAUCUACCUUAAGAAUAUAGAACUGUUUAAUGAAGAAAUACCAAUUAUAUUGACAUUCUCAUUUCCAUAUAAUAAAGUAAGUAGCAAUAGAGCUUUUAUGAAUAAGAUUGCCAAAAAUAUGCCUUUUAAAAACAAUUAUCUUAAUAAAGAAAUUAAUAAAAGUAUAAAAGAUUUUUUUAAUAAGAUAAAUAAAGAAAUUGAUAUAAAUAUACAACUUAUACUAAAUGAUACAGUUGCAGUAUUAUUAUCAGAUGAUAAUAAAGAGAACUAUUCUGACAAUACAAUACAAAUAGGAUUAGUUUGUGGAACUGGAUCUAAUAUGGCAUUUUAUAAUGAGAAUGGUAUAAUCGUUAAUGCUGAAUGGUAUAAAUUUACUUUACCUGAAAAUAUAAUGACUAGUUAUGAUUAUAAACUUAGAGAUGAAAUGCUAGCCAACAAUCAAGAAUAUUUCAAUACACACACUUUACUAUCAGGUAAAGAUUGUUUAAGUCUUUUUAAAAUCAUUUAUAAAGAAUUUUUUAAAAGAGAACCAUCUGAUAGUGAAAUAAUAAAAUUGUUAAAAGAUGACUCAUUAAUUAGUGAUAAUAAGAAUUUUUAUUUAACAAAAAUUUUCAAAAAGAUAUUUUUAAGAAAUCAGUGUAUAACUGCUGGAUUGAUUAAAGGUGUAACAAAAUUAUUUAGUGAUCCUAAAAAACUUAUUGUUAAAUUAAAUGGUUCUGUUUAUAAAAAUUCAUUUGUAGCAGAUUAUUUAGAAAAAACUCUAAAGGAGAAUACUCAAAUGGAAAUAGAAGUGAUAAAAUCAUUUGAUUCAACUUUAAACAUAAAUAUGAUAGAAUUUAAUUAG